AUGUUAGUGGACAGUUUGAGAAUGCCGUGCAGUGAAGAUGACGAUUCCCAAAGCGGUUUCAACUCGGAGCCUUCGCAGGCUUUAUCUAAAGCCGAAUUGCGAAAGACGAACAAACCGAUUAUGGAGAAGAAACGUCGCGCGCGCAUCAACAAUUGUCUAAAUGAAUUAAAAGAUCUUCUAAUGGAUGCUAUGGAUAAAGACCCAGCACGUCAUUCGAAGUUAGAAAAGGCAGAUAUACUCGAAUUAACCGUCAAGCAUUUACAAACUCUACAAAGACAGCAACUUGCAGCAGCCAUCGCCGCAGACCCCGCAGUGCUUCACAGAUUUAAGGCCGGCUUUGGUGACUGCGCUGUCGAAGUUCGCAAAUACCUCUCCCGACUUGCAAAUGUUCCAACCGGCUUGAGAUAUCGACUAGGAAACCACCUUAACACGUGUAUUUCUGGAUUUGAACGUCUUCAUCCAGCUGAUUAUCCACCGCUCAUACCGGAUCCUCUACGGCUUGACGAUGAAAGACCGAGUGCCUUCCAUUAUGUAAAGUCAACGAAACCCACCAGUCCACCUUUAAGUCCACUCUCCUGUGACUCCGCGUGUGAUUCUUCAACCGAAUUAGAGACCCCACCGCGUCCUAUACAAAAAUUCCCAUUUCCAACACCCCCUAGUCAUUCUGCGUCAGAUCAAGAUUCGAGUCCCGAGCAAAAAGCAACAGUAUCUUCAACAACAAUAUCACCCGAAACGUUAAAACAGGAGGCGUUACGAAAUAAAAAGUUAAUGGAGCCCCUUUCGAUUGUGAUCGACGUUGAAAACUACAAAAUUGGGAUCGACGCCUCACCAAAACGAGCAGUCGAUUACUCUAUUCGCCAAAAGUUAAAACGACACGCAGAGACGAUAGGACCAGUGCCAAAAUUAAUUAGAAUAGAAAGUGAUAAAACUUUGACGAUACCAGAAAGAAGUGCAUCUGAAAGAUUAGAAAUAAAUCUUCAAAAAGUAGAUUUAGAUAGAAAAAUAGCUUUAGAUAAGCAGUCAGCAUUUCGCAAAUUUCCAGACAGAAUACCAAGUUACCCCGACCGCAAAUUAACUCUGCCUGAGAGUAUACCAGCAGUAGCAGAAAAGCAUGAGAGGAUAGGACUUCCCAGAACAGUAAUAAGUCAUACAGCGGAAUCCUUAGCACAAUCGAGCAGCAUUAAAAUUGAAAGUCCGAAACAGAAGGUCGAGGCCGAUACAAGUUCGAAGUCGCCGGGACAAGGUGCGUCGAGCAGUUCAGAAAUGUGGAGACCGUGG